UGCAAACAGAGAGGCCUAUUCCUACUGGUCGGAUAUUUUCUCCCCAGCCAAUAGGAACUCAGGGUCCUUAACCCACAGAUCAGAAAAAUGGCGAAAUUGGCUUUUUUAAAAGCUAAAAACCUGAAAUCUGGCUUUUUUCAAACGCUUCUGGCUGCAGGAAAUUGAACUGGCUUUUUGGCUUAUUUCUGGCUUUCCCCGCCCUCUCCGAACAUGCUUUCUGGCUGCAGAAGGAGAUUGGAUUAGUUUGGCUGCAGCCAGGGCAACUUGUUUGGUGUGAAGUGCAGCAGGGCAGGGCUUCUCCUCCUCCCACUACCCCUCCCUCGGCUCGCAGUACACAACAAAAAAUGCAGAGCCUCCUCGUCACCCAGCCAGCCCAGGGAGUGGCAAGGGCCCGGCCGGGUCACUUUAAAGAGAGCCCGCAUCAGGGCACCCUGCUGUGCUGUGGUGCUGAGGCUUCUAGAGUAAAGUGAAUGGGGGCCCUUUGGGCUCUCCUGGGAACAAUUCACUUUCUCCUGCUACCCUACAUAGGCUCCUCUUCCCACUCUAUGAAGUAUUUCUACACUGCACUGUCAGAGCCUGACCAGGGACUGCCCCAGCUCAGCAUCCUGGGGUUUGUGGAUGACCAGCUCUUUGCUCAGUAUGACAGCAACACCAGGAAAUAUCUGCCUCGAGUGCCCUGGAUAAACAAAGUAGAGGAGGAAGAUCCCCAGUACUUUGAUGCACAGACUUAUCUCUCACAGAAGUAUGAGCAGGUGUUCAGAACUGACCUGGUGAUCCUGCAGAAUCGCUACAAUCAGAGUGGAGGUUUUCACACUUUGCAGCAGAUGUACGGCUGUGAGCUGGGCGAAGAUGGGCACAAAAGAGGAUUUCGGCAGCUUGGCUAUGAUGGGAGGGACUUCCUCAUCUUCGACAUGGAGGCCGGCACCUGGACAGCAGCUGAUGUUCCAGCCCAAGAGAGCAAGAGGAGGUUGGAAAUGGAUGAGGAGGAGAACCAUUACCUGAAGUCCUACCUGGAGGAGGAAUGCAUUGAGUGGCUCCAGAAAUACCUGGACUACGGGAAGGAGACGCUGCUGAGGAAAGAGCGCCCAGCAGUGAAGGUGACACGCAAGGCAGGCUACGAUGGCAUGGAGACCCAGAUCUGCCGGGCCCACGGCUUCUACCCCAAGGAGAUCGACAUCAACUGGACGAAGGACGGGGAAGUCUGGACUGAGGACACGCUCCGUGAGAGUGUCAGCCCCAACUCGGAUGGGACCUACCACACCUGGCUCAGCAUUAGGAUGGACCCCAAGGACAGGGGCCGCUACCGGUGCCGCAUAAGGCACGACAGCCUGGAGAAGGCUGGGGACUUCGCCUGGGAGGACUCUGCCUCUCUGCCUGUGGGAGUCAUUGUGGGAGUCAUCUUGGCAGUGGCAGCUGCUGUUCUGUUUGUGGCUGGUAUCGCCCGCUACAUCAAGAAACGACAAAAGAGAGACUACAAAGCAGCACCAGCUUGAUCUCCUGCUGUUGUUUGAGGAGGGAGCAGAGGAAACCCACUGAAGGCUUGCUGUGAAUUACACCUGCCAAGAGCUCCUGCCAGUCCUGGACCCCCCACCCAGUUCUGCAUCUGGCCCAGCUCCAGCAUCCCACCUCCAGCCAGCAGAGCGAUUUUGAAUUCCAGGAAUGUCUUUCGGAGGAGUGGAGCUAAUCUUUCAGCUGAUUUGGAAGUGUGUUUGGAUUGAUUGGAAGUGUGCCAGCUAUUUGCAACCAAAAAGCAUAGGGCUUUAAAAGUUGCUGUUUUUUAAAAAAUUGUUUAAGUGUUUAAAAAACCCCAGACAAAUAGAUUCCUGAACGGGAUGGUAAUUCCUCCCCCAGAAUGCGGGACGUCCUGGAUAUUCCGGGACAGUUGGUAACCCUACUCUGUAUGCCACCUAAUACAAUCCCUUACUCAGUUAAAUCCAGAGCUAGAGCAUCCCCAACAGAUGGCUGCCCAACCUUUGCUCUAAGUCAAGACUUCCAGUGAGGAAGAGCCUACCACCCCCUUUGGCAAUGGGUUCUUCUGUGGAACACUCUUACCAUUAAGAAGUUUCGCUUAGCUCAGGCAAAAUUUACCCUCUUGUAGCUUUAGCCCACUUGACCUAGGCCUGCCCUCUGGGGCAGCAGAGAGCACAUUCUUCCCAUCUUCCAUGGGACCGCUCUUCAGGCCUUCGAAGAGUGCGGUCAUCCUGUCCCCCCUCAGUCUUCUCUUCUUUGUGCUAAACCUAUCCAGUUCCUUUAGCCUUUCCUCAGAGGGCUUGGCUUCCAAGACCCCUGACCAUUUUCAUCCCUCCCCCACAAACCCAUUUCUAGGUGUCCAGUAGUGGCUGGUGAGGGUGACACUGGAGGGCCAGUGAGAGGCGCCUUUACGAGUAAACAAACUGGUGCUUAGCUCUGCUCCUGUCGCCCCUGAACGCUUCUCAGAGAAGCAGCGCACCCCAAGCCCCCCCUGCGGCAGGUGAUCACCUCUGCCAUUCACCCGGCCGCCGGCAGGGGGUCAGCUCCAUGGAGGCCAGGUGAAUGGCGGAGGCGGUUCUCUGCUGCUGGGCGGUGCGCUGCUUCUCUGAGCUGUGUUCAGGUGCAGCGAGAGCAGAGGUGAGCGCCAAUUCAUUUGCUCUUAAAGGUGCCUCUCACCGCCCCUCCAGCAGCACCCUCACCGCCUGCUAAUGAAUGUGACUACAUCUCCUUAACGCAUCUCCUUAAAGAUGCUUUAGCGGCCGCUGUGAGGCGGCGGCGGCAGGCCGCUGUGAGGAGGCGGCGGCGGGCCGCUGUGAGGAGGAGGAGGCGGCCGUGGCCGCGGCAGGCCGCUGUGAGGAAGAGGCGGCGGCAGGUCGCUGUGAGGAGGAGGCAGCGGGCUGCUGUGAGGUGGCGGUAGUCGCGGCAGGCGGCUGUGAGGAGGAGGAAACAGCCGCAGCAGGCCGCUGUGGGGAGGAAGCGGCCGCGGCAGGCCGCUGUGAGGAGAAGGCGGCGGUGGCCGCGGCGGCGGCAGGCCGCGGCGGGCCGCCGUGAGGAAGAGGCUGCGGCCGCGGCGGGCCGCCGUGAGGAGGAGGCUGCGGCCGCGGCGGGCCGCCGUGAGGAGGAGGAGGCGGCCGCGGCGGGCCGCCGUGAGGAGGAGGCAGCCGUGGCCGCUAGGAGGAGGCGGCGGCGGCGGCAGGCCGCUGUGAGGAGGAGGCCGCGGUGGCAGGCCGCUGUGAGGAGGAGGCCGCGGCCGCAGCAGGCCGCUGUGAGGAGGCGGCGCCAGCGGGCUGCCGUAAGGAGGCAGUGGUGGGCCGCCGUGAGGAGGAGGAGAUGGCCGUGGCCGCGGCAGGCCGCUGUGAGGAGGCGGCGGCGGCGGCAGGCCACUGUGAGGAGGCGGCGGCGGCGGCAGGCCGCUGUGAGGAGGAGGCGGCGGUGACAGGCCGCUGUGAGGAGGAGGCGGCGGCGGGCUGCUAUGAGGCAGCGGCGGCGGGCCGCAGCAGGCGGCUGUAAGGAGGAGGCGGCUGUGGUCGCGGCAGGUGGCUGUGAGGAGGAGGCGGCGGCCACGGCAGGCGGCUGUGAGGAGGAGGCAGCUGCGGCAGGCGGCUGUGAGGAGGAGGUGGCGGCAGGCCGCUGUGAGGAGGCGGCGGCGGCGGGCUGCCAUGAGGCGGCAGGCCGCGGCAGGCGGCCAUGAGGAGGCCGCGGUCGCGGCAGGUGGCUGUGAGGAGGAGGCGGCGGCCACGGCAGGCGGCUGUGAGGAGGAGGCGGCCACGGCAGGCCGCUGUGAGGAAGAGGCCGCGGCUGCGGUGGGCCGCCGUGAGGAGGCCGCGGCCGCGGCGGGCCGCUGUGAGGAAGAGGCCGCAGCCGCGGUGGGCCGCCGUGAGGAGGAGGAGGCGGCCACAGCGGUGGCAGGCCGCUGUGAGGAAGAGGCCGCAACCGCGGUGGGCCGCCGUGAGGAGGAGGCAGCCGUGGCCGCUAGGAGGAGGCGGAGGCGGCGGCAGGCCGCUGUGAGGAGGAGGCCGCGGCCGCAGCAGGCCGCUGUGAGGAGGAGGCCGCGGCCGCAGCAGGCCGCUGUGAGGAGGAGACAGCUGCGGCAGGCGGCUGUGAGGAGGAGGCGGCAGCGGCAGGCCGCUGUGAGGAGGAGGCGGCGGCGGCGGGCUGCUAUGAGGCGGCGGGCCGCGGCAGGCGGCUGUGAGGAGGCGGCGGCGGCCACGGCAGGCGGCUGUGAGGAGGCGGCGGCCGCGGCGGGCCUCUGUGAGGAGGAGGAGGCGGCGGCGGUGGCCGCCGCGGCAGGCGGCUGUGAGGAGGAGGCGGCGGCCGCGGUGGGCCGCUGUGAGGAGGAGGCGGCUGUGGCCGCGGCUGCGGCCUCCCUUUGUUGGGGUACAACAAUCUCAGAGAGACCAUAUCACUCCCAUUUUAAAAUAUCUACACUGGUUGCCGGUAAGUUUCCGGGCAGAGUACAAAGGUUUGGUUAUCUAUAUAUUUAAUUCUCCUGGAUGUGCCUUCGAAUGUGCGUCCCAGAGCCCAGCUGAUUGGCUGGGCGGCAGACGUGCCUGAUUGGCUGAGGCGCACCCAGGAGGAUUGUUCGCUGUGGUGGCAGCAGGCGGGCCGUGGAGGCCAGAGGCGGUGGCUGGACCCGGCACGGGCCGGCCAUGGUUAGGAAGCGGAGACUGGGGCAGAAGGGGGGGAGAGGUAACCGCCAGCCCCAAAGAGCGCACAAAUGCUCUGUGCGGGGUUGGCUAGUAUCCUAUAAAGCCCUAAACAGCUUGGGCCCUGGGUAUUUAAGAGAAUGCCUUCUUCGCUAUGAACCACACGGCCCAUUGUUGCCACCGGCUCGUCUGGUGGCUACUCAGGGACAGGCCUUCUCCAUUGCUCCCCCCCCCCCCGCCAGGCUUUGGAACACACUUCCUGCAGAAAUAAGAGCCUCCCCAUCUCUUACAACUUUUUAAAGGGCAGUCAAGAUGCAUUUGUUCACCCAGGCUUUUAAUUGUGUUUUAAUGGUUUUAACUUUAAUUUGGUGGGCCACUGUGUGAAACAGGAUGCUGGAUUAGAUGGGCCUGAUCCAGCAGGGCUGUUCUUAUGUUCUUAUUUUAGUUGUUGAAAUGUUUCAAUCUUUUAUUGGCUGGUUUUAUUGUUUUGUAAACCGCCCAGAGAACUUGCAUUUUGGGCAGUAUAGAAAUGUAUUAAAUAAGUAAAUAAUAAAGUUCUAAACCAAAAUAAA